UUUCACUAUAUACAUAAAAACAAGAUGUGAAAUGGAGAAAUAUCUGUCACCUCAGCUCCCGCCCGUUCCUGUCAUCCCUGAACAUAAAAAAUACAGAMGAGACAGUGCCUCAGUUGUAGACCAGUUUUUCACUGACAGUGAAGGGUUGCCUUACAGUAUCAACAUGAAUGUCUUCCUCCCUGACAUUAGUCACCUGAGAACUGGCCUGUACAAAUCGCAGCGACCGUGUGUGACCCACAUCAAGACAGAACCAGUCACGAUCUUCAGCCACCAGAGUGAAACUACUGCCCCUACUCCUGCCCCUACUCAGGCCCUCCCUGAGUUUACCAGCAUCUUCAGCUCUCACCAAACUCCUGACGUGAACAACAUUUUUAUCAAGCAGGAGCUUCCUACUCCAGACGUUCACCUUUCUGUGGCGCCCCAGCAGGGCCAGUUAUAUCAGCUCCUGAGCUCCCCGGAUCUCGACAUGCCCAACACGACUCCCCAGGCUGCCGUAAUGGACUCCCUCAACAGUGUCUCCAUGCCCUCUGCUAUGGCAGGCCUUAACACGCUCUCCCCRGCGCUUCCACAGACUGCAAUGAAACAGUUCCAGGGCAUCCCCCCGUGCACCUACACGAUGCCAAACCAGUUUCUUCAACAGCAGGCCACCUACUUCCCCCCUUCACCCCCAAGCUCAGAGCCUGGAAGUCCAGAUAGACAAGCAGAGAUGCUGCAGAAUUUAACCCCUCCGCCAUCGUAUGCCGCAACCAUAGCUUCCAAGCUGGCAAUUCACAAUCCAAACAUACCAGCCACGCUGCCAAUAACUACCCCAAAUAUACAACCRGUCAGGUACAACAGAAGAAGUAACCCGGACUUGGAGAAAAGACGUAUCCACUACUGUGACUAUCCCGGCUGCACAAAAGUUUAUACAAAGUCUUCCCACUUAAAAGCGCACCUGAGAACUCACACUGGGGAGAAGCCGUACAAGUGCACGUGGGAAGGCUGCGACUGGAGGUUCGCCCGCUCCGACGAGCUCACGCGCCACUACCGCAAGCACACGGGCGCGAAGCCCUUCCAGUGCGCCGUGUGCAACCGCAGCUUCUCCCGCUCCGACCACCUCGCGCUCCACAUGAAGAGGCACCAGAACUGAGGCCGCGCUCGCCGCCGCUCCCCAUCUAUGCAAUUUCCUAUGGACUCGCGACUCGCGGCUAACGCUAGCUUAGUUCCUGACGAUGGGUUAUCCAUUGAAACGAAAUCUCGAAAGAAACUGGAAAUGUAUAUUUUGUAUAUUUAUGCAGAAAAAGGGAAGACACUGAAUCGCAGCGCCAGGUUUCGCUUGUUUGUUUGCUCUCAUGAUGUAUAUGGCUUUAGUCAGCAGGAUUCAUCUCUUCACAAGUAUUAUGUCUUGACACAUUGCAGCAUUACGCAUUUUUUUCUGUUGCAGUGUUUUGACCAAAGCACUGUCAUUAUCGUGACAAUGUUUAGUAAAUGAGUUAAUGAGAGGCUGCAGGUGAAUGAACAGUGGAAAAGCCAUGAAUUUCUAACCCGUCGGGUUUUUACUGGACAUAUUUAGUACUUGUGGGUUCUUUUUAAACGUUAAGUCAUUCUGUGGAGAUAAAACACACAGAAAAAUUCAUAAACAGCCAUAGAACAAAACUUUUUUGUUCUGGAUGUUGCAUGUUUGCUAUGACAAAGAUUUUGUAAAUAUGCAAAUCAGCUUUUUGGGGUUUAAUACAAAAGUUUUCUAAAAAUCAUCUGAAAAAAGGAGUUGCUUUACAUUUGAUACCACGGCACAUUUGCAAACAAAUUUAUUUAAAUACCUCUCUAAACAGUACCAACUUAGCUUUAUUUUUUCUGGAGAGAAAUGAGCUAAGCAUACAGAUAUUUUGUACCUGUUAACACAAAGGGUGUGCACUGAGUAUUCAAAGCAGGAUUUUGUUUUCAAAUUGCUUAAAAGGGCAAAACACUUAGAAUGAGCUAUAAAGUAAAUGUUGGAAGCCUAAAUAAUGGGGAUAGUUACAGUUUUCAGAAUGUUAAACCUCUUACUAUAAGCUAAACUUAGUAUCAGUUUAAAAAGAAGGAUUUAGGAUGCAAUUUUCAUACAUGGACAUGUUAAGCUGGUUCGGCACCAUUAUGAUCCAGUUUCACAUGGAUAUUGCAUGUAAUUUCCUAGAAGGUAAAAGAUACAGUAAUUUUAUUUAAAAUUACAGUGCAGUUUAGAUAAUCCACUGUUCAGACUGACACACACUCAUGCAGGGCAAAAGUGACUGCUCCAUCUGUAGCUGAAACUCCGCUGAAGUCGACGAAGUCCUUUGGUGCCAGCGACAACUUCGAUCCACAGUGUUCCACUUGGAAAUAGUAAAUGAAGGGCCAAAGAUGAGGUUGUUUUGUGUAGGAUUUGGCCGUGCGACAAACAAGCCUAGAGAGUGUCUGGAGUUCAUAAGCAGUAAUACUGAGCUGUCAACCAAAGGGUAGGUUAAGAAUCAAAAUACCAAAAAAGGGUCUUGCAGGAAAACCUAGCUUUGUUAAAACUGUUGUUUGUCUUUAUUUAUU